AUGUUUGACAAGUGUGUCUCGGACGUCUCGACCAACUCGUCGGUGAGCAACUUUUACCACCCACAAAGCUCCUCAUGGAACCCCUUCCUCGACCCCAACGAGUCGCCGUACCUCUGGAUCGGAUGGAUCGCGGCCGGUGUCUUUGCCGCCUUUGCCACCUUCACCAGCUCCAUCCUCAUCAUCCAGCAUUGGCUCAACUACACCCGGCCGCAGUUUCAGAAAGCUUACGUCCGGAUCCUCGCCAUGGUCCCGAUGUAUGCCGUCUGCUCGUGGGUUUCCUUCCGAUAUUACAAAGAAGCGAUCUACUUGAACGUCAUGCGCGAUUGCUACGAAGGAUUUGUCGUCUAUAGCUUUUACAACCUGUGUCUGCAGUAUCUGGGCUCGACACCUGCCAAGCAGCGGGAGCGACUGGCCCGCAAGUCAAGACAGCGACUCCCGCCGCCGAUGUGCUGUUUCUACUUCGAUCCAAGCCACAAACACUUUCUCUCGCUCUGCAAGCUUGGCAUCGUGCAAUAUGUCGUUGUUCGAGUCACAACCACGUUCUUCGCCGUGGUCUUGGAGUCCAUGGGCAUGUACUGCAACGAGAGCAUGUCGCCCAUGUUUGGCCAUUUCUGGACAACACUGGCCAAUGCCGUCGCUAUGAGUUUGGCCAUGUUCACGCUCAUCACUUUCUAUCUCGCCGUGCGCAAGGAUAUUUCGCGGUUCCAUCCCGUGUGGCAGUUUCUGUCGGUCAAGUUUGUGAUCUUCUUUGGGUUCUGGCAGAGCUUUGUCAUCAAGGUCCUGGUGAGCGCCGGAUGGAUCCAAAACAGCGAACACUGGACGAUCGAAGAGCUCAGUAUCUCGCUGCAGAGCUUCAUGACCUGCGUCGAGAUGGCCAUCGCGAGCAUCAUCCAUCUGUGGGCGUUCCGCUACGAAGACUUUAUUCCG